AAAAUAUAUAGUUUACUUCCUGGAGGAGGCGGAGUCUUGAAGUCACGCUGGGUAGCACUUGGAGUAAUUUAGAUGUUGAAUGAUAUUGGUCUGGAUUUUUAGAAAAGCAUAAACUGAAAAUAAUUAGCGUAAUAUGUAGUUUUAAUUCAGGCAAUAUUAUAUGUUAAAGUUUUGUUUUUACGACGUGGUGUCCAGUUUGCAUACGUUUUAACAAGUUUACUAAGUUAGCUACGUUAGCUAGCCUGCCAUGCUUUGCCGAAGGACCUCUGCGUGACUGAUGCUGGUAGGCGCUCGUUUAUUUAAUUGCCAUAAUCCAGUUUUCUCAAAGUUGACCAUCCAGUCACAGUAACUGUAGAGCCAUUUUAUGUAUUUUCAUUUUAAGAACAUGGGGACUUGGAAUUUGGCUUGUCGGUGUUCCAGGAUGUUCGUCAACAGUAGACUGUUGAAUUUGGUAUCAGAGUCAGACAUGAGAGUGGGUUGUCACUUUGCAUCCUACCAUUGCGCUAGUGCUCUCCUCUGGCCUAAGGACAGCAGAGUCAAAACAGCUGAGGGGUGGCGAAGCAGUGCUAUAACCAGCUCUGGAAUGCGACACAGGCCUGCUGUGUCUGAAGUAGGAAAGUACAAAUCCGAAGGUCAGUCUGAAGACAUAAAGGAUGACCCAGAGACUCCAGCCUCCAGAAAUGUCUGGAGGAAAGAGACCUCAGUAUCCCGGGAGAGGAAGCCCAAUACAGACAAUAGAGUAUCAUUUGAGUUCCAGAGAGGUGCCCCAAUCAAACGGGAGAGGAAAACAAAUACAGACAGCAAAAUGUCAUCUGAGCUCCGGAAGCUCAGCCUGGAUGACUUUCCAGAGGAGUGUGAGAGGCUAGUAAAGGACUCCAGAGAAAGACUGUCCAAAGAAGAACACAGUAAUUAUGAGACGUUGUUUGGUGUGUCUCCCUGUCUCCUGGCUCUCACCCAGGGCAGAAGGAAUGCACACAGGUUGUUUGUGAAGGAGGGUGAGGCCUCUCGUAGGGCCUCCGUACGACAGGUGUGUGAGGAGGCCCAUAAGCAGGGUGUGCCAAUCCAGAGGGUUAGUAAGAAUGACCUGAACAAGAUGUGCUCAGGAGGGGUUCACCAGGGCUUAUGCCUACAGGCCAGUUUUUUGGGUUUCCUCACUGAGGACAAGACCUCCAAGCCCCCCAGGGACAGCAGUCACAUCCCCCUCUGGCUAGUCCUAGAUAGAGUGCAGGACCCAAUGAACCUUGGUGCCAUCCUGCGUUCUGCAUAUUUUCUUGGGGUGGACGGAGUUGCUAGCAGUCUUCGUAACAGCUGUCCGUUGACACCAGUUGUGAGUAAGGCCAGCUCGGGUGUAAUGGAGGUCAUGAGAGUGUAUGGCUAUGAUAGCCUCGUAGAUAUGGUGAAGGUGAAAGUGGCACAAGGCUGGCAGGUUAUUGGCACAGUAGGAGCUGAAGCAGAGAACUCCCAUGUUCCUGUCAUGAAAUGUUCCAAAUUCCAGAUGACCAAACCUACGCUUCUGCUGAUGGGUGGUGAAGGGGAAGGUUUGUCCCGGGAGCUGCGUCUGCAUUGUGAGGUCAUGCUCACCAUCCCAUCCCGCAGAGAUCUACACCCUGGGGUCGAGUCCCUCAAUGUCUCUGUGGCUACAGGCAUCCUGCUGCACUCUCUGUUGUCGUCCCAUAGAGGUGGCCAUUGAUGCCCGACUAAACUACACAACUCAAUGUGUUUACUUUGGAGGCCCUCGCUGGGCUUAAUGACUGGAUUUACUUAAUCAAUUAGCAUUCAGGAUGUCUGAGAGGCCUGGAUGGCUGAGUGAUUGUGCUGGGGCAGCUGAUGUGCCCUGGCCGUGCUGCUCUGCACUGCUUUGGACCUUCAUGCUAGCUACUUUUCUGAAUGGUAACAUAGUAUGAAGUAAUGAAAAUAAAUAAAACCUUGUCUACUCAAAGUUAUUGCAUUCUUUGCAACUUUCUAAUGUUAGCCGCUUGGGUUUUUAUGACUUUUGCACAUGUGAAUGUUGAAUCCAUAAAAAUACAAAUGUUUAUGAGAAUGUGGUCCCUGACGAAAGAGCUACUGUUGUGCUGUUAGAAUGGGUCAGUGGCUUCGGUUCAGCUAAAUUGAUUGCAAAUGCUGGUUUUGAAUAGAAAGGGAGGGGGGAAUGGCCACAGGCUCUGGGCUAUUGCUUCUGGUCAGGGGCUGUUUAAAAUUGAUCAUGGGAACAAGCGGCUGCUAUUGAUAGGCAACAUUUGCCCUUUUAUCACUGUCAGAAUUUAACCAGGGGGCUCAUUUAUAAUUAAUGUGCACACAUGAAUUUGUGUGUGUAUAGUUGAAACGUUAUCACAAAUCUUCAGGAUUUAUCAGAAGUUUAAUUGUUAGGACUUGUUCUUUAUUGAGCAUAUAUUUAACAAUUGCCUCAGAUCAUGCUUAUGAGUUAGAUUUACAUAUCUGUUUUUGUUACAAUCCGAAACUAUAAUUUCAAGGAUUGCAUGCUUACAUCCAUUGAAAUAUGUUUUUGUGGGAAUGUAAUUAUCUCUACAGUGUAAAUACUCUCCUACAACUCUGAACAGUGCAGUGGUAGCUGAUGACUCUUUCUAUAUAAUUCAUGAAUAGCUUUAUUAUAAGCAGACCCAUUUGUUAUUUCCCAGUGUGCUGCAGUGUUUGGCCAUACAGCCAGAGAUGAGGAGGGGCUGUGAAUUGGCCUGAGGUACUUGGUUAUUUAUACAAAAAUGUAAACUUAACAUGUAAAGUGUUGGUCCCAUGUUUCAUGAGCUGAAAUAAAAGAUCCCAGAAACA